AUGGCCGGCACUCGCUGCAAGUUGGCCCAGUUCCUAGAGGACCUUGAGGAGCUGGACCUCAAGAAGUUCAAGAUGCACCUGGAGGACUACCCCCCUGACCAGGGCUGCGUCCCCCUCUCCAGGGGCCAGGCGGCCAGGGCUGACCCUGUGGAUCUUGCCACCCUCAUGAUCGACUUCAAUGGGGAGGAGAAGGCCUGGGCCAUGGCCCUGUGGAUUUUCACGGCCAUCAACAGGAGAGACCUUUAUGAGAGAGCUAAGAGGGAUGAGCCAGUGUGGGGUUCAGAACCUGCACAUGUUUCUAACCCCACUGUGAUAUGCCAUGAAGAGAUCAUCGAAGAGGAGAGGAUGGGUAUCCUUGGGCACCUCUCCCGGAUCUCCAUUUGUACAAAGAAAAAAGAUUACUGUAAGAAGUACCGUAAGCAUGUGCGCAGCAGGUUCCAGUGCAUUGAAGACAGGAAUGCCCGGCUGGGCGAGAGCGUGAACCUCAAUAAGCGCUACACACGGCUUCGCCUGGCCAAGGAGCACCUGAGCCGGCAGGAGCGGGAGCAGGAGCUGGUGGCCAUCGGCAGGACCCACGUGUGGGACAGCCCCGCAAGCCCCGUCCGGGUGGAGCUGCUCUUUGACGCCGAUGAGGAGUGCCCCGAGCCUGUGCGCACGGUGGUGCUCCAGGGGGCAGCGGGCAUUGGGAAGACCAUCCUGGCCAGGAAGAUCAUGCUGGACUGGGCUUCGGGGCAGCUCUUCCAGGACAGGUUCGAUUACCUGUUCUACAUCCACUGCCGGGAGGUGAGCCUAGGGAUGCACAGGAGCCUGAUGGACCUGAUUGCCGGCUGCUGCUCCGACCCCAGCCCCCCUGUGAGCAAGAUGUUGCACAGGCCAUCCCGUGUCCUCUUCCUCAUGGAUGGCUUCGACGAGCUGCAAGGUGCUUUCGACGAGAGCAGCGGGGCGCUGUGCAGUGACUGGAGGGCGGCCGUGCGGGGGGAUGUCCUCCUGGGCAGCCUCAUCAGGAAGAAGCUGCUCCCUGAGGCCUCACUGCUCAUCACCACCAGACCCGUGGCUCUGGAGAAGCUGCAGCACCUCCUGGACCGCCCCCGCCACGUGGAGGUGCUGGGCUUCUCCGAGGCCCGGCGGAAGGAGUAUUUCUUCAAGUACUUCCUGGAGGAGGCACAGGCCAGGGAGGCCUUCAGCCUGCUCCAGGAGAACGAGGUCCUGCUCAGCAUGUGCUGCAUCCCGCUGGUGUGCUGGAUUGUGUGCACAGGGCUGAAGCAGCAGAUGCAGGGCGGCAAGCACAGGGCCAAGACCACCACCUCCAAGACCACCACAGCUGUGUACACAUUCUUCCUGUCCAGCUUGCUGAAGUCCCGCGGAGGCAGCCAGGAGCAACGCCUUUCUGGCCACCUCCGGGGUCUCUGCUCCUUGGCUGCUGAUGGCAUCUGGAACCAGAAAAUCCUGUUUGAGGAGCGUGACCUGAGGAGGCAUGGCCUGCAGGAGGCAGAAGUGUCUGCCUUCCUGAGGAUGAGCCUGUUCCAGAAGGAGGUGGACUGCGAGGCCUUCUACAGCUUCGUCCACUUGACCUUCCAGGAGUUCUUUGCCGCCAUGUACUAUGUGCUGGAGGAGGAGGAGGAGGAGAAGGAGGAGGAGGAGGAGGAGGGGGCAGGCACAGGGAGGAGCCCGCCGGUGAGGGGCUUGGACCUCCCGCACCGAGACGUGAGGGUCCUUCUUGAAAACUAUGGCAAAUUCGAAAAGGGGUAUCUGAUUUUCGUCGUGCGUUUCCUCUUUGGCCUUGUGAAUCAGGAGAGGGCCUCCUACCUGGAGAAGAAGCUGAGCUGCAAGAUCUCCCAGCAAGUUCGGCCAGAACUGCUGCGGUGGAUCGAGACAAAAGCCAACGCCAAGAAGCUGCAGAUACAGCCAAGCCAGCUAGAGCUGUUCUACUGCCUGUAUGAGAUGCAGGAGGAGGCCUUUGUGCGGGCGGCCAUGGGCCACUUCCCCAGAAUCGAGAUCAACCUCUCCACCCGCAUGGACCACGUGGUGUCCUCUUUCUGCAUUGGAAACUGUCACAGUGUAGAAUCACUUUCACUGGGGUUUCUGCAUAAUUCACCCAAGGAGGAAGAGGAGGAGGGGGAGGAAGAGGAGGUGGAAAGUCCACUCUUUGAUGUGGGCUGCCCCAACCGCCAGGGCCCUCAUGCCACCUGCUCAUGGAGAUUGGUGAACUCCUGUCUCACGUCCAGCUUUUGCCGGGGCCUCUUCUCAGUUCUAAGUGCCAAUCCAAGCCUGACAGAACUGGACCUGAGUGACAACAGCCUGGGAGACCCUGGGAUGAGGGUCCUGUGUGAGGCGCUCCAGCAUCCUGGCUGCAACAUUCGCAGACUCUGGCUGGGCCGCUGUGGCCUCUCCCACCAGUGCUGCUUCGACAUCUCACUGGUCCUGAGUGGCAGCCAGAAGCUGGCAGAGCUGGACCUGAGUGACAACGCCCUGGGAGACUUUGGGGUCAGGCUGCUGUGUGUGGGGCUGAGGCACCUCUCCUGCCAGCUGCAGAAGCUCUGGUUGGUCAGCUGCUGCCUCACGUCCAUGUGCUGCCAUGAUCUCGCCUCGGUCCUCAGCACCAGCCACUGUCUGACCAGGCUGUAUCUGGGGGAAAACACCUUGGGAGACUACGGAGUUGGGCUUUUGUGUGAAAAAGUCAAGCAUCCACAGUGUAACCUGCAGAAACUGGGGCUGGUGAAUUCUGGCCUUACCUCAGCCUGCUGUGCGGCUCUGUCUGCAGCACUCAGCACCAGCAGGAGCCUCACACACCUCUACCUGCGGGGCAACGCCCUUGGAGAUGCAGGGGUGAAGCUGCUCUGUGAAGGACUGCUGCACCCCAGCUGCAGGCUGCAGAUGUUGGAGUUAGACAGCUGCAGCCUCACCUCGCACUGCUGCUGGAAUCUCUGCACGAUCCUGACCUGCAGCCGCAGCCUGCGGAAGCUGAGCCUGGGCAACAACGACCUGGGCGACCUGGGCGUCAUGAUGCUCUGCGAGGUCCUCAGACAGCCGGACUGCCCCCUGCAGAGGCUGCAGUUGUGUGAGAUGUACUUCAACCCUGAGACGAUCCACGCCUUGGAAACGCUGCGGGAAGAGAAACCUGCAUUGACUGUCAUUUUCGAGCCCUCGUGGUAGCAAUGGAGCUGCCCCCCUCCCUACCUGCCUGUGCCCAGGUGCGCCCAGGUGGGAGGAACCCUCCUGCAUCCAGCGUCAAGACUGCAGCUCCGCUGUCCCCCAGGUCCAGCUGGAGAGCCAGGGCUUGUGGUGGAGCCCUCACGUGGGGGACCCCGUGCCUCCUGCG